AUGAGCGUCUACAGCUGGGAAACGGCGGGCGGCGCACACCGUAGCCGGAAUAAGGUCAAGAGGACCGGCACUGUUGUUUUUCACGUCGACGAGUGCGUGGACACCACGUUCGACCGCCUUCAGAGGGAGGUGAUCGUGGAAAAGCUGCACUUCUCCGAAAAGAAGACUGAGGAGGCGCUGGCCGACCCCCAUCACCAUGCCAACUCGGUCAAGACGGCGCUUAUGACGGCCUCGACAGCCAAGGUGCUUCGGCAGAAGAUGAAAUUUGACGGGCUGCUGCCGUGCCAGGCGCAAUGCUACCGCGGCAUUUUUAAUGGUCGUGACGUCAUUCUGCACAGUCGCACCGGCAGCGGCAAGACCCUUGCCUACGCCCUACCGCUGAUUGAGCGCCACCUGCUCCUGGAGCAGCACCAGCAACACACAGACACCAGCGCUGCUGCAGGCCCCUUCUUGGUGGUGUUUGUCUUCAGUAAUGACCUCGCUAUGCAGACGAAGAGCGUGCUGGAGAAGAUCUACGGUAGGCAAACCAGCCUGCGCAUUGCCGUGGCCGAUUUCGACGACUUGCAUCCCAGUCCUGACGGCAAAGUCGUCGACAUCCUUGUUGGGACGGUGCGCAGCAUUGACGAGGCAAUCCGCGGCCACCGUGUUGCCGCCGCCGCGACUGCUGUCGAGGAGGCUGAGGUGCAGCAGGAAGCCCGUCUGUCUGGUAGGAAGCGUCCACGCAGCGCGAGGCAGCCGCAGCAGGUUACAGCUGUGGCAGCGGGGGAGGAUGAGGACGACGAUGAUGGUGACGCGGCGGCGUCUGUAUCUGAUGAAGACGAGACUGAGGCGAUCACCGGCCACGGGGCCCGGCGUGAAGCAGGCAUCCUCUCCCCCGCUCGUGUGCGUGCGAUUGUUGUGGAUGAGGUAGACACCACCCUCGGCCCGCGCUUCUCUGCGAUGGGUCGGCGCAUGAAGAACCUGCUGAAGUUUAUCCGCAGGGAAAACGGCUCGUUGGCGGACGGUCUGCUGAGCGACUUCCGCGCGCACCACUACGUCCUCUGCGGGGCGACCAUCCCUAACUGGGUUCUGAAGGCCGGAUUCCUCGGCGUAAAGAAGUACUACUACCAACUCAUUACUGUUGGGUCUGCGAAGUUGCCGCCACAGCUGGAGUGCUUCCACGAGACGUGCAGCGUGGCAGACCGCGUUCGGACAGCGGCGCGUCUGUUGAAGGAGAAUGUUACCUUCAAUGGCCGCGUUGUUGUCUUCGGCACGCUGAAGCAACUGACGUCUCUGGAGGCCAGCCUGCACACGGCGACGUCGGUGAAGGCCUGCGCUACGGAGGCGAAGAAGGCGCCGCUGCCCAGCAUGAAGAAACACGACAAGAAGGGUGACGGGAAGAGCACCUCGACCGUUGCCGCAGCUGUAUCUUCAUCACCGCUCUCAUCGUCAUCAUCGCUCGUUGUGCGCGCUCUCACGGCGCAGAAGGAUGUGCCGGAUCGUGUAGCUGCCAUCGAGGACUUCAACUGCGGUGUCGCGCAGGUGUUGCUGUGUACCGAUGUCGCGGCGCGUGGACUCGAUUUUACAGAGGUGGAUACCGUUCUCAUGCUGAACCUGCCACGGGACGCGCUUGCCUCAGACACGUUCGUGCACCGCGCUGGACGUACAGCCCGUGUCGGUCGUCCUGGUCGCUGCAUCCUGCUGCACGACACGUCGGAGGCGGCCGUAAUGGACGCCAUCGCCAAGUCCACGCACGUCGUAUUCAAGGCACUGGGUCCUGCCUUGAUUGCCACUGCUGGUGUCUCUGCCGAUGCACAGAAGGGCGGGAAUGACAAGGCGUCUAACGCGGCUAACGCUGGCGCCUCUGGUGUGGCGCUGGUUUCCAUGAAGCUCGUGGUACGCAACUCAUUCCGCUACACGAAACCCAAUGUGAAAGUUCCGCCUGCGAUGCACGUCCUCAACGCCAACGUGGAUGAGCCGCUGAAGGCGCUCUUGAAGGACAUUCACGAAGAGGGUGGGAGCAACGGCGAGGUAGUGGUGUUCCGCGUGCCGGUGAGCCACGUUCACGAGGUGAAGCAGCGGCUAUGGAAGUACACGCUGCAGGAGGCGUAA